GUUUAAUUCAUUUGUCUUAUACCUACCUAGGUAGGUAGUAUUACCGAGUUCAUACCUCAAACAUCAAACCAAUUUGUCUCGUUAAACGGAUCGAAAACUAGAUCGAGCAAACGACACUCCGAGUCAGACUCUCCAGUAAAAGCAUCCGAAUACUUUGGUCCAAAAAAGAACAUCCACCUCUGUGCAACGGCGACUGCAACCUACAACCUAAAACCGACAUCCUUCCACUCCUCCGCAGCAGUCCAAGGCCAUCCAGCGCAUCAAACACUGCAACAUCCAAUUCGAAAUAAAUGGCCUCCGGCACGAUCCCCGUCCCCAAGCCGGGCGAGGGGGAACCGAUUGUGUUUUUCGACAUCACGCUUGGUGGUGAACCACUGGGCCGGAUCAAAAUGCACUUGUUUGCCAACACGGUGCCCAAAACGGCCGAGAAUUUCCGCCAGUUUUGCACCGGCGAGCAUAAAGUCGCUGGUCGGCCGCAGGGGUACAAGGGGAGCAAGUUCCAUCGAGUGAUCAAAAACUUCAUGAUCCAAGGCGGCGACUUUCUCCACUCCGACGGCACCGGCAGCACAAGCAUCUACCACAACGCCGCGUUCCCCGACGAAUCCUUCCAGCACAAACACACCUCGGCCGGUCUGUUGUCCAUGGCCAAUUCCGGCCCCAACACCAACGGAUGCCAGUUUUUCAUCACCUGUGCCCCGACCCCGCAUCUGGACAAUAAACACGUCGUUUUUGGUCAGGUCGCCGACGACGAGAGCAUGAAAGUCGUCCGGAUGAUUGAAAACACUAGAACCGCUGGGCCCGGUGGGAGGGGCCAGGGCGAGAGGCCUGUCUUGGACGUGCGGAUUGCAGAGUGUGGUGAAUUGUGAUAGACCAAAAAAUCGGUUCCCAGCUUCGUCCUCGCAUGUCAUUACAGUAUCAUUAUUUGUAUGCUCCAUCUACUAGUACUGUAGGUUCAACGAUGGAAAACCUGCAAAGCUGGGCCUGAGGCGGACUUUGCACUGUUACUACCUAGGUACCUUAUGGAAGAAAGCUUACACUCUUAGUAACUGUACAUUAUUGUACACUGCUCGGAACAGGCGAGCAAAAGCUGGCAAUGGCAUUUAUGCCAGAAAAACAAUCACGUGCUUGUUUUUAUUCAGCUUUGAUAGAUAACUAGAAGUGCUCGAGAUGCUUUUGCUUGUCGGCCAAAAAGAAGUGCUGGGUAAUCAAGCUUUGAAUUGCGCAGACA